GAGCAGCAUUUUAUCAGCCAAUUAGCGCACAGGAGGCGGGGUUUAGUGCAGGAGCGUUUCAAAUAUGGCGCAGUAUGUGAACUUGGUCCGGAGGGCCUUUGGCCAGAUUACGGGUCAUGGCGGGAUUAAAGGUUUAAUGGUCCAGUUUUUCAGGGUAAACGAUGUGAAGACAGGAACGCUGAUCGGCUGCGACAAAUAUGGCAACAAGUACUACGAGGACAAGCUGUAUUUCUUCGGCCGUCACAGAUGGGUCAUUUACACCACAGAGAUGAAUGGCAAGAGGACGAUGUGGGACGUGGAUGGCAGCAUGGUGCCUGCUGAAUGGCACCGGUGGCUGCACUGUAUGACCGAUAAUCCUCCCACCACACAUCCUCCAGAGCCCAAGAAGUUUCUGGCCGAAGUCCAUCAGAUCAACGUGAGCGGAACCUCUGCGUGUUACGUCCCAUAUUCCACCACUUCGAAGAAAAUCCACGAGUGGGUGCCUCCGAAAGUUGGACAGCAGUGACACCAGUAAAGCGCAGCAUUAUGUCUGAAUCUUGUGUAAAUUAUAGCUAGGAGUUUGAACUGUAAAUGAUUAAAUCUACAAAAUGUCAUCUCA